AUGGCACAGCUGAUCCAAGAGGCAGUGGUCCGUCCGGCUCCCCCGCUUCCCCCGAACUCAAAGGCCAAUUAUUUCAGAUCAGCAGUAUCUGUAAGGACGAAGAAGUUAGAACCGGCGACGCAAUCAGUUUCCGCCCCCAAAGGCGCCGAGUCUCCAUUUGAACCAUGCCCCUUCUUCUUCUAUGGCUCCCUCAUGGAUCCCGAAGUGCUACAGCCUAUUCUUGAACUUCCAGAGGCGCCGAUUGUUGAAAGCGGAUCCGUUUGCGGGUUUUUUAUAAAAAUGUGGGGUAUAUAUCCAGCACUUAUACCACACGAAGGCGGGAGGGUUUCGGGGUCAAUGUGGAGAGUCACCACCGAAUCACAUUAUCUCCGGUUGAAGGAGUAUGAGACAUCCGCCUAUACUUGGUGUGCUUGCGAUAUUGAACUGAACAGCGGAGAGGUUUUGAGCCGCUGUAGAACCUUAUGCUGGGCAGGAGAUUCUGAUAGGAAAGAGCUCGAGGAGGGAACCUUUGAUCUUCAGCGCUACCAGAGGUAUUUUAAAGCCUCUGUUGGUCGAAAAUCUCCGUAG